AUGCUGCUACUACGUCGCCUGUUCGUCUCGGCGAGGCCUGUACCAUUCGCCCGUCCUUCCACGCCCCAUGCUCUAUUCACCACCACAACCACAUUCUCUCAAAAACCACUUCCACCACGACCCACCAUCCUCGAGAGCGAUAUCACAGAGGCUUUCCUCAAAGGCACCGGUCCCGGCGGUCAAAAGAUCAACAAAACUUCUUCGGCAGUACAGCUGAAACACCUUCCCACUGGCCUCGUCAUAAAAUGUCAGGAAACUCGUUCGAGGAGUCAGAAUCGCAAGAUCGCACGCCGCAUACUGGCAGAGAGGAUCGAGCUUAUGCUGAUGGGAGAUCAGAGCCGCGCUGCCUUGAAAGCUGAGAGAGAUAAGAAGAAAAAGGCGAGCAAGAACAAGAAAGCCAGGAGAAAGUAUCGCAAGCUCGAUGAUGGUAAGGAGGUCGAAAUUGAAGACGGCGAAACCAACGAGGAUCAAGAUCAGGACGGCCAUGAGGCCCAUGAGACACGCGACAUCGAAAUCCAACUAGACAGCGUGCAACCUUCCGCUCCAGCCGCCACUCAGUCGCACCAAAAGCCUUGA